GCUGUGAUGUUGUUUACAGAGCUGUGCUUGGCAUAUUUUAUGUGAAUGCUUAUAGCCUGGUACCAGUGAGGCUUUAUGGGGGUGAGUCAUAUCCACAUAACAAACAAAGCACAGCAUGGGAAAAUAUCACAGUGAUGUUAAAGCUAAAGUUAAGGCUUACACACUGGAGCAUUGUGUUGGCUAUGGUUCACACGUUUGGAGAGCAAACAGUUCAGGAGAGACUGUUGCAACCGGUAAUAAAUGGCAAUAAGAGCUGAGCAUUGAGGAACAACUGAGUCAGACUGAGGAGUUUUAAAGAUUGUUAAUUAUUGUCUAAAGCAUGUGCAUGCCUGAUGAGGCAUCCAUGAUAAGUGGCGGAUGAUUUCUCCACUACUCUCACAAGCUUGGGUUCUUUCACUAUCAGCAAAAUCUUAGAGCUCAGAACAGGAAUUUAAGAGAUUCAUGAUGACACCAUGACAAACAGAGAUAAUUAAAAAAUAAAUAAAUAAAUAAAUAAACACUGAUGUUUGAACCAUAUGCUCACGUAGCCUUGUGUGGAAAGGUAAUACAGUAGUUUCAUCAGAGCUGGAGCUGAGCUGGAGUCGGUGCCGUUACAGGAUUGCUCAAUGGUUGUGUCACCAGGAGGCUGGACUGGUCGGGCGGAGUGUUUGAGCUCAGAGCUCAACAUCACCGGAGCUCAGUCACUCUCUGCCUCUCUCUGAGUGUGAGGCGGUCUCUCUUUCCCUCUCUUGUCUGUCUCUCUCUCUCUCUCUCUCUUUCUGUCUGGGCUCUAGGGGGGAUCGGGAUUUUCUCACCAAAAGUACACAGACCUCAGAGCCACGGGCAUUCACUCUCUGAAAAAGACGUGUGUUGGAUUAUCACCAAGAACGCGCCGUCAUCGAAACCGCCGAAGUUUCAUUUGUAUCUCAACUACAAUGAGUCUCGCAAGAAGAAAUGGAGCGCAGCGUUCGUAGUUUGUUUUAACCAUCAAAGGCUCGUAUCCUAAAUCAAGUUAAGGAGUCUCGUUUCGUCGCUUUCAUGGUGAAUCGCUCUAUCAGGAUGAACUUGCAGUGGAGCAGCCCGGCGCCUUGCCUCCGAGCCGCGAGAGUCGCGCACAAGCGGCUGGACUCGGACGAUCAGCCGCCGCCGCCGCCGGCGAAAUGCGCCAGGCUAAGCGCCGAGGCUGGGGACAGCGCGCAGCAGGGACUCCUCCUGGGCAUCUCUCCCGGAUCCCCGGUGAGCCCCGUCUCCACGAACCCUUCCCACAACUCCCACUCCCGCAACCACCACCACCGCCGCCACCUCCACCAGGGACCGACCCCGCAUCAGGGACCGUCCAGGAUAGGACCGUUCCUGCUCCUACCUCUGGCGGAUCGGGAGGGCAUGUACAGCGCGAUGGACACCGACACCGGGGAUGAGCUACUGUGCAAGGUCUUUGAUAUGGGGGUGUACCAGGAAAAGAUCAGAGCCUACGGGAUCCUCCCUGCCCACAAGAAUGUGGCCGCCGUCAGGGACAUCAUCCUCGGCGAGUGCAAGGCCUAUGUCUUCCUGGACAAGGAUUUUGGGGACAUGCACACCUUGGUGAAGAGCUGCCGCAGGCUUGACGAGGAGCACGCCCGCGGCCUCUUCCGUCAGGCGGCCUUGGCCGUGGCGCACUGCCACCAGGCCGGGAUUGUGCUGGGCGACCUCAAGCUGCGCAAGUUUGUCUUCGCCGACGAGAAAAGGACCCAGGUGAGACUAGAAAGCCUCGAGGACUGUCGCGUCCUGGAAGACCCUAACGACGACUCCAUGUCAGACACCCAUGGCUGCCCCGCUUACGUCAGUCCAGAGAUCCUCAGCGGCUCCGCGCCUUACUCCGGCAAGAUGGCCGACAUGUGGAGCCUCGGGGUCAUGCUGUACACCAUGCUGGUCGGCCGUUACCCGUUCCACGACCCGGACCCGGCCACACUGUUUUCCAAAAUCCGCAGGGGCCAGUGCUGUUUGCCGGAGGGCUUGUCGCCCAAGGCCAAGUGUCUGCUCCAGAGCCUGCUGAGAAAAGAACCCUGGGAGAGACUCACGGCGACUGAGCUGCUUGCUCACCCGUGGUUCCACCAACCGCCGCUGUCGCAGGAAGUGGCGUUGGGUGAACAGGAAGUGAGCUCUGCAGAACAGAUGGUGCCAUCCUUUGAUGUGGAAGAGGAUGAUAAUUUGCUCUGCUGACGGACUUGAUUCAGCUAAGUCUGGCUGAGGGACCAAAACAAAAAUUGCUAUGACGAGGGAUUCAUUAUUGUUGUUGUUGUUUUUUUUUUUUACAUUGGCACUUUUUAGAAACUCAUUUGUCUACUGUUGUGUGUACAUACACCCUCAAGCUUUCUACAAGACCUUACUGUACUGUAUUUUGUCGUCGUAUACGUGUUACUUGCUAAGGGCAUUGCUCACAAUGAUCAUUCAUUGUGUUUCUAUAUGUGCGUUUUUGAAAUUAUUUGGUGCUAAAAGAAAUAACAAGGACUCAAAACUUGCCAGAUAUUGUUAACAAAAUAAUCUCUGCAGGCUACUAUGAGUGAGUCAUGGAAAUUUAACUUGUGGCAGACAGUAGUCACCAAUGCUUGCCCUAAGCCCGGACUCAUAAGGCUUCAGAAAGCAUUAGAUGAAUCCUGAACGGGAGGGCGAAGAGACCAGGAUGUUGUUCCUCUCACUCUCUGACCGGGCUGCAGGCCUCAAUGGCUGACUCACCGAACCAGGCUCGAUGGAAGGCCUUAGCACAAGCUUGACGUCUCGCAGCAGGCAGUGACACAGAGUGAGAAAGAUGCUUUAGCGGAGGACUGAUGUGUCACACUCGGCGGGGACGCUGCGAAGGUGUCUCGCUGCCAGAUUGGCAGCGUCUCAGCAAAUGGAGAGCAUUUACAAAUCUCACACCACGCACAGAAGGUUGAGAAAGGCAGGGUGUUACUGGUGUAAGACUCACAGGAAAGUGGGACAAGUUUGUCACACACACACUCAAAAAUAAGCAGUCACGCUGGGCCAACAGUUAAAAUUAAAUCACUUAUCUUUUUUAAAAGCAUGUUCAAAGUUGAUAAUUUCAUACAAAGCCUCUGACCAGGAGACCAUGCGGCCCUUCUGAAAUGCUGUGUGCAAUUAGCCACAUCUAAACCUAAUGUUGAUGCCUCUGGUUUAAAAAUGAAUGCUGGGAGCAACUCUGGUUUUAAAGACUUGGUCACCUGCCUUAGCAGCAACAGCUGUGUAAUUCUUUAGCCUGGAGGAAUGCUACAGCAAAAUUUCCAUGAACAAAAUAAAAAAAAAUAACAGAUAAUUCAAAUGAUACUUUCCACCAGUGCAAUAUUGCAUGUAUUUUUUAAGAAAUGUGUCAAAUAUCAAGAAAAGGAACCACCAAACUAGAGAGAAACACAUUACAGAAAAAUGAAGAUUUUCUCAGUUGAGCAGUUGAGCCUGUUCUGUUCAUUUCUGUUGGAACAUUAUGUCAAGCUGUGUUGCUUUAACAAAGCUGAGCUGUCUGAGUGCUGUGCCCGUAUCACUGUGUUUCAUAAACUGAAUGGCUCUGAAUCAGUCACAGUCAGGCGAUAUUUGAUGUUGGUUGUCUGAUGAUGACUCAACACUUGAGCGUGUCUGCAGAGAAUGGUCCUGACCUUGGCUGGAAGAAUCUGUUCUGACUGUUUCACCUCUUUAAUGGUACUUUUUUCCCUCCCUUUCCACUUUUUUUUUUUUUUUUUUUUUUUUGUCAUUGAGAGCUGUGGAUCCAUGGAGACUAGUCAUCAUAGUUAGUGACAUGAUAUACCAAGUUCUAAAAGAUGUUUUAUCUUGGAUUGCAACAGGCAGAUGCAGCGUUUCAGUGACGUUUUAGCCUUACAGGCUCCUGUAAGCCUGCUGCAGCCAGCUAUUUCACUCUGGUACAAUAAUUUUGACAAUGGUACUAAAUCUGGCAUAUCUGAGAAGCGCUGUGCAUUUAGUGUUUGGUUCAAGCAGUAAGCUAAUAAAACAUAUGUUGCAGUUCUUUCGUUAUUUUCUCUCAUCUGCUUGAGAUACCAGAUGGGAACAGACUAGUGACAAUCUGUGUCGUCCCUUGCAGAAAACUAAUUUAAGAGAUUUAUGAUUUUGUUCAGUUCAUAUAUGAGUAGAUUGAGUCACACAUUCAUGUGACAUGUAGAGUAAACUGACACGGGUGCACAAACUUCAUAUUGCACUGUGAAUUAUGUAUUUGUGACACAACCUAGAGGCUUUUAUUGGUCCAGACAGGUUACACACAAGAGUUAUAUUCAUUGUAUAAAAGAUGUAAAUAUGUAUAUUUGAAAUAUGUGUGGAAAUGUUCAAUAAAGAUCACAUUUUUUCAUAUUCA